AAGUGGGGCACAAGAUGAAUAGCCCAAAUCACACGACCAACACACACCAGCGUAUGUAAUGCUAUAUCCUACCUCCUCCUUUCACGUUCCAUUUUUUUAAUUAUUUCAUCUCACUCCUAUAUAAUCACCAAAAUUAAAAAUGGCAACUUUUCAAAUCAAAAAAACCAAAAAAAGAUAGUUAGCUACAUUUCUCUUUCAUCCAAGUCACCUCUCAUUCAUUGUCCUCUGUUUUUCCAGAUCAAAUUCUGUCGUUUUCUCUUUCCUCAUUUCAAGACUAAUAUAAUUAUCUUCAUCUUCUCCAUUAAAACGUAGCAAGAUUUGCCAACUUUUUCUCUUCAAUAUACUCCACAAAUAAAAAAGAAUUUAAGAGUAAUCUAUACGAAAAAUAUUUGAUGGCGAAGACGGAGAUUCAAAAAGGAAUGAAGGAAUUAAGACCAUUGAUGAGUUUAUUAUUUCCGUUAUGUGUACACUGGAUUGCUGAGGAGAUGACAGUUUCUGUUUUGGUGGAUGUUACUACUCGUGCUCUUUGUCCAGCUCAAACUACUUGUUCUGAAGCUAUUUAUCUCAACGGCGUUCAACAAACUGUUGUUGGAAUAUUUAAGAUGGUGGUACUUCCACUCUUGGGUCAGCUUGCUGAUGAGUAUGGACGGAAGCCGUUGCUCAUUAUUACUCUAUCAACCACAAUAUUGCCCUUCACCUUACUUGCCAUUGAGCAAUCCAGAGAGUUUGUAUAUGCUUAUUAUUUUCUUCGAACAAUCUCCUACAUUAUAAGCCAGGGGAGUAUCUUCUGCAUUGCUGUUGCCUAUGCUGCAGAUGUCAUUGAGGAUUCUAAAAGAGCUGCGACAUUUAGUUGGAUCACUGGUCUAUUUUCAGCAUCACAUGUACUAGGAAAUAUGCUGGCUCGAUUUCUCCCAGAAAAAUACAUUUUUAAGGUAUCGAUUGCUCUUUUGAUCUUUUGCCCUGUUUAUAUGCUCUUCUUUUUACCGGAGACUGUCAAGCAAAGACAUAGAGAGGAGCCGCAGUCGUCACUGUUAUCCAAGUUUCUGACAUUCCCAAAGCAGCGAUACAAUUCUAUGAAAUAUGCUGCUACUGUAGUUAUUAGCAGUCCAACACUUCGAGGGAUUUCUCUGGUUUCUUUCUUUUACGAGCUGGGAAUGUCUGGCAUCAGCUCUGUCUUAUUGUACUACCUGAAGGCAGCUUUUGGCUUUAAUAAAAAUCAAUUUUCUGAGAUCUUGAUGGUUGUUGGAUCUGGCUCAAUAAUUUCUCAGAUAUUGGUGCUUCCUCUUCUCAAUCCAUUGGUUGGAGAAAAAGUGAUAUUAUGCGCCGCAUUACUUGCAUCAAUAGCAUAUGCAUUGUUUUACGGCUUUGCUUGGGCUUAUUGGGUACCAUACUUGAGUGCUUCAUUUGGAGUUAUAUAUGUGCUUGUGAAACCUGCUACUUAUGCUAUUAUUUCAAAAGGAUCAAGCUCUAGUGACCAGGGUAAAGCACAAGGUUUUGUAGCAGGAGUGCAAUCAAUUGCAAGCUUGUUGUCGCCACUUGCUAUGAGCCCAUUAACCUCAUGGUUUUUGUCCGAAGAUGCUCCAUUUGAUUGCAAAGGUUUUAGUAUCGUUUGUUCGUCAUUAUCCAUGGUAGUUGCUCUGAUUAUCGCCUUGGGCUCUAGAUUUGAGUCACAGUCUGAGCAUAAGCACAAGGAUGACUUAGAUAGCAUCGAAGCACCGCUUCUAUCAUGAGGCUUUUUUCUUAGUUUUAGGAAUCUCUAUUGUCGUCCUUUAACCUCGUCCCCCCUUUGUCCUAUUAUUUUUCGGAAUUUGCAGGUGUAUUUAUAGAAGUGUAUAGAUAUAUAUAUGCAUUGAGUUUGAAGUUCUAUGUGAUUGUACGUAGUAGUUACACAAUUGCACUAAUUGAAGUUUCAGAAUUGUAUUAGAUCACACUUGGUGCAAUCUCUGUUGUAAGCAACAUUGCCCAGUUAGCCUUUGGGGAAAGUGGCAAAUUGACCCUUUAACCCUUGUCAAUUGUAAUGUUGAAAGAAAUGAAUGGAUUCAUGCUGCUAACCAAA